AUGACGAUGAUGAUGAUGAUGCUGACGAUGAUGAUGAUAACGAUGGUGAUAAUGGUAAUGAUGAUAAUGGUAAUUAAUGAUAAUGACGAUGAUGAUAACGAUGGUGAUAAUGAUAAUGAUGAUAAUGGUAAUGAUGAUGAUGGUGAUGAUGACGAUGAUGAUGAUGGAUGA